AUGGCGAUCACCUGUGAGAACAGCAGCGGUGAUGAUGACGACGAUGCCCUCUACCCCGCCACCGAGAUGUUGGAGGCCAGAACGGGUCUAGACUUUCUAGUCUCCGCGCUCUCCCAUGAAAAAGAGAAGCAAGCUCCUCUCAGUUCAGGAGCAUACACUGGUGAAGCGUCUGACCUCUCCCGCAGAGACGAUCGCUUCCAGCCCGCGCAUACUGCCAAGCCAGCCGUGGCAUCAGCAGCUGGCCCGAGCGUCCGCUUGCCAUCUCGUGCCUCGUCUUCGAAGCCUCCGCCUCGUUACAAGCAGGCCGUGCUCCGCUGGGCCGAUCCAACCGCUCCUGCCCGUCCUCUCGCUGAUGCCGGCGAGUCGGUAAACCCCGUUUCGGCCACUCCAUCCAACUCUCAAAAGCCGUCACUAACCACUCUGAUUUACGAGGAUGCGUUGGACUCGUUCAAGUCCACGUGGUCGUCAGACUACCCAUGGCUCAUACUCAUCAAAAACACUUCUGGUCUGUCUGCGUUCAAGUGCAGAUUGUGCAUAGACUUUGCAGGUGAUGGUGGCAAGUGUGGCAAGAGUGGGCACGGUGCAACCGAUCUUCAGACCCAGGCCUUCAAGCGGCAUGCCGCGACGAACAAGCACCAGUUGGCCAUCGAGCACCAGAAGAAGAUGCUAGCUCAGGCUGGGAAGAAGCAGCCGCGGAUUGACGCGCAUCCGUUCGCCAAGGAUGACGAGACGACCCGCGUCAUCGCCCUCCUGAACUCCCUUCACUUCACCACCCAGGACCAUCUGCCGAUGGAGACGGAAGCGCUCGCGGCCAAGGACGCAGCAGAGUCCCUUCCGGAGUUUGGCAUGGUCGACAGCUUCAUCCGCUGGCUCUCCACCUACCUCGGCUCAUCAGGACCCUGGCACCAGCGGUUCCUGGACCUGCAGGAAGUCUUCACUCAGACUAACCUGGAGCUCCAAGGAAUCAAUGAUGUGCGUUGGCUCUCGCGCGGAGAUGCAGUCUGCCGACUUCUUGCAGUCCUGUCGGGUGUCAUCGUGAUGGUGCACGAGCUGGGAAACAAGCCCAUGUACAAGAUGGUAACAAGCUACAGGUUCCAAUUCAUGCUGCGCUUCCUCGCUGACGUGCUGGAACAAUUGAACGUGCUCAGCAAGACGUUCCAGCAUCGACAGUGCACGGCGAUGGCGGAGUCCCUCGUGCAUAACCUGGAUGAGCGGCUAGGUUCUCUCGACAAGCUGAGCGGUGUGAAGCUGUUCAUGCCCGACGAGUGGCCCCAUGGACGGCAGGAGCGAUCCAUGAUCUGGAGGGCGUACAAGAAGCGCAAGCCCAUCAAUACAGUGGCAGCACCAAAGAAGCAACCUAGUGCUAAGGGGAAAGAGAAGGUGGACGAGGAUGAUGCUGGUGGUGCUGGAUCUGGGUGGGAGACAGAGACUCCCAUGCACGUGUCUAUGAGCGAGCCCGCUAGUGACGAUGAUGAUGAAGACAUGUGA